CAACUGCAGCCCCAACUAACCCCCAAAAUUCAGAUUCUAUUCAUUUUUCAUCUCAAAAUUUCCCUAAACCCUUUCCCUUGCCCUUGCCCUUGCUCUGCACAAAACAAAACAAUGCCACAAAAGACAGAUACCAAUAUUAUUUGUUAAUACACGUUAUAUGUAGUUGUGAUUACUGAAAUGGCGAUAAUAGGAGAUGCACUACGCCAGGCCUUCAUGCCGAAACACGAGUACGACUGUCUCCGAGAUGAGGACAAGGCAUUGCACAAGCUCCAAAAGCCUUUUAUACUAUUAACACUAACCCUAAUUUCUGUUGCAAUUUUGCUUUCCACUAUAAUUAGCUUGAAAAUAGUGUUUCCUAAUGAUAAAUUGAGGCGGCCUUUCUGUGGGGACUCGCGGAUUCAGCCGCUGGCUGUUAAUUUUACGGAGGUUGGUGGUGGCGGUAGUGGAAGGGAUUCGGAUCCUUUGCCAGGGGCGUUUGUUUUGACGGAUCAGGAGACUGCUGAAUAUUACUGGAUGGUUAUGUUCAUUCCUUCGGCUAUGGUUUUCUUCGCAUCUGUGGUCUACCUAAUUGCAGGUUAGCAAAAUGUGAAAAUGAUCUCAUUGAAUAUAGAGGGUGUGUGUGUUCGUAUAUGUGCGCACACAAAUUUUAUUUAUUGUACAAGUCUCUUAUUAAAAUUAUUUGAAGAUAUUUUAUUUACUACCUUAAAUGAUUAUAUCUUGCUGCCACUAGGUAGAGAGCACUGCGGUUCAUGAGUAGUCAUUUGCUAUCAUAAUUGUUGAUUUCUGACUUCACAGGUUCUUUUAAAUGCUCUAAGCACAAAGCUACAAGUGACAAGUAAUUUGAAAUUACUCUUAUGCUGAAAGCAACAAUUCGCUCAUCGUCAUGUGUUCAAGUAUAGAAUAUAGAUAGCGUCAUAUAUAUACAAUCAUCUAAACCAAUAUUGUUACUAGAGUAGCAACAUCCUUCAUUUUUCAACAAUUAACCUUAAAUACCUGACAUUCAACAUAAGCAAAUAAGUUGACUGACCAAAUUAACAUAAUAAGAAUCUUUUUGUACUUCGUCAAAUUUUUUAAUUCAUAAUAGAAGUAAAUCAGCAAAUACUCACCUAGAUUUGACUCGGCACUUAAUGACAAAAUACAAAACGAUCGAGUUUUGACACAUCCCAAACUUUUGGACAGCAUUGCCCUCAAUGUUAAAGCAAAAUAUGAAGGUUUGUAGUUUGUCUAAUGUAGGAUUUAGAUAUAUUUAACUAAGAGAGGAUCAAUAUUGAUUCAAGCAAGGAUUCUCCAACACAACAUAGAAAUACAUGGAUAAAUGGAAUUAUGGACACGAGAAAUGAUUCUGCAUAAAUUGGGUAGCUCUUGAAAUUUAAAUGGUUUCAUGGAGGAGCACAUGAGAUUUUUUAAAUUUAAUGUAACAGUCUGUUGUAGAUGAAUUGCUAUUUUUUAGGAGUAGAGACAUAAAAAAAACUCUACAUGGAAAGUAACGGCGCGUAACCUGGCUAGCAUUUUUUGCUCCUCCUUUUGUCAUUUUUCAAAAAUGCAGUAUGGUUAUCUAGAAGUUGUUGUCUGUCACUUACUAACUUGCAAGUUAAUCAUAAGUUAUGCAAAUCUUGAUCCUUUCAUCAUUUCAAUUUUGGAGUUCUGGAUCACAUCAUGCAAGUACAACAACGUAAUUUAUGCAUUUGCAACAACAUGAGGUAACAACAUAACAACUUAAAACAUGUUUUUGGGAGUUGUUUAUCGUCGGCUUGAAUUAUAAAUAGAUAUAAAUGAGUGGGGUUAAGUGGGUUCCAUAAAAUAUAUGUAUAAAAAAUGAUUUGAUUAUAAAUAGAUGCCAAACUAGGGCUUAACAUGAUUUCUGAAUUGAAAAUGGACAUGGAAUCAGCUUUAGGUUCAUUUUGCCAUCUUUUGGGUGGUAGUUGAGCUAACAUUGAUACACAAUGGAAGUGUGCUGAAGGAAGGCCAAGAUCUCAUAAAUUAGAUACUUCCCAGGUUUACCAUGCUUGGUGUUAUUGUAAAAUUGACCACACUAUCACACUGUUUAUUAGAAAUAUGUCAAAUUACUCUUCAAAAAAAAAAU